AUCGUGAGGAGACGAGGAGUUGCUUGCUUGCACGCAAGGGGGAGACUCUUUCUUCUCUUCUCCACUCCUUGUUUUCUUCCUCUUCUGCCCGUGGUAACUGAAGAAGAAGAAGAAGAAGAAGAAGAAGAGGAGGAGGAGGAGCCAGAAGAGUCAAAGUUUGUAAUUUGAUGGGGUUCGUGGUUGAUUCCCAAAAAGAGGGAGGUGGUACCAGUGGUGGAGGAUUCUUAUGGGGAUUUCGAAGUUUGAUGAGGAGAAAGCAGGUGGAUUCGGCUCAUGGCAAGGCCAAGGGACACCAGUUGGCCAAGGAAUUAUCUAUUCUUCAGCUCCUCGCAAUUGGUGUUGGAUCGACUAUUGGGGCUGGAGUUUAUGUUCUUGUUGGGACAGUUGCUAGAGAGCAUUCUGGUCCUUCCCUUGCUCUUUCCUUCCUCAUAGCAGGAAUAGCAGCUGCUCUUUCAGCGUUUUGUUAUGCAGAGCUUUCUAGCCGCUGCCCAUCUGCUGGGAGUGCCUACCAUUAUUCAUAUAUUUGUGUUGGAGAAGGUGCUGCUUGGAUGAUUGGUUGGGCUCUUAUACUGGAGUAUACCAUUGGUGGCUCUGCAGUUGCUCGUGGCAUAUCUCCAAAUCUGGCAUUGUUCUUUGGGGGGCCAGAUAGUUUGCCUGUUUUUUUGGCCCGUGUACAGAUUCCCGGGCUUGAUGUCGUGGUUGACCCAUGUGCUGCCAUCCUUGUCCUUGUGGUCACUGGACUCUUGUGUGUGGGAAUUAAGGAGAGUUCGCUUGUACAAGCUAUUGUAACAACAGCAAAUAUGUUUGUCAUGGUUUUUGUCAUAAUAGCUGGAGGAUAUCUGGGUUUCCAGACUGGUUGGGUAGGAUAUGAAGUUCCUAAUGGGUAUUUCCCCUAUGGAGUAAAUGGGAUGUUGGCUGGGUCUGCAACCGUCUUCUUUGCCUUCAUUGGUUUUGAUUCAGUUGCCAGCACUGCUGAGGAGGUGAAGAAUCCUCAAAGAGAUUUACCACUGGGUAUAGGGAUUUCACUUUCUAUUUGUUGCAUCUUGUAUAUGCUGGUUUCGGUUGUUAUUGUUGGCCUAGUACCAUUCUAUGCGAUGGAUCCAGACACCCCUAUCUCCUCUGCGUUUGCUAGCCAUGGGAUGCAGUGGGCAGUGUAUAUAAUAACAGCUGGAGCAGUUACUGCACUCUGCUCAACGUUAAUGGGUUCAUUGCUUCCACAGCCUCGAAUCUUGAUGGCAAUGGCUAGAGAUGGAUUGCUGCCGGCUUUUUUCUCACGCAUUAAUGAAAGAACUCAAAUUCCUGUCAACAGCACGUUAACGACUGGAAUCUGUGCUGCAAUUCUGGCAUUUUUUAUGGAUGUUUCACAAUUGGCAGGAAUGGUCAGUGUGGGGACACUUCUUGCAUUCACCAUUGUUGCAAUAUCUAUCUUGAUUCUUAGAUAUGUCCCACCAGACGAGGUGCCCCUUCCAUCAUCACUGCAGGAUUCCAUUGACACAGUAUCUUUGCAGUACAGUAGUAUUACGAAGAUUGAUGGGGGAAUCCCAAAAGAUCCAGCUGGUGACUCUCAGGGCAACUCGGAAGAAUCCAUUGAAUAUCCUCUUAUUGUGAAAAGUGGUCAAGAUAAAUUGGAUGAACAAAAAAGGCGGAAAAUUGCUGCUUGGAACAUAGCAUUUGUAUGUGUUGGCGUGCUUAUCCUCACUUCAGCAGCAUCAGCCGAAUACGUUCCCAGUAUUCCUCGCUUCACUAUGUGUGGAGUUGGUGGUGCGCUUAUGUUGUGCGGCCUGAUUGUUCUUUCCUGGAUUGAUCAAGAUGAUGCAAGGCACAGCUUUGGACACACAGGAGGUUUUAUGUGUCCAUUCGUUCCGCUCCUACCCAUUGCCUGCGUCCUCGUAAAUGUGUACUUGCUGAUAAAUCUUGGGGCUGGCACAUGGAUGCGUGUAUCAGCAUGGAUGGUUAUUGGAGUGCUUGUGUAUCUGUUCUAUGGGCGGAGCCACAGCUCACUAUUGAAUGUGGUUUAUGUUCCGGCAGCCCAUGUUGAGGAAAUCUACCGCAGCUCUACAGAUGAUUUGGCUUAGGCAAA